UUUGACAUUUGAUGGCCCAACAUAAAGGUCUCACCAAACCUCUGCUUCCCUCUCUUUUUAUUAAACCCAACAACUUUUCUGCCGCUCCACUCACCUCGUUUCAAUUUUCUUAGAAAAAUUGUGUAAUAAAUGGGUGGUCAAUCUAAGGUCUUCACUUUAGCUGAGGUUUCUAAUCACAACAAUGCCAAGGAUUGUUGGCUUAUUAUCAGUGGCAAGGAUUUGAAGGUCGCGGGUGCACUUUUGCAGUCAACGAAAAUCUGCUUUGUAUAUAAGGUGUAUAAUGUGACGAAGUUCUUGGAAGACCACCCAGGCGGUGAUGACGUUUUAUUAUCUUCAACAGGAAAGGAUGCUACUGAUGAUUUUGAGGAUGUUGGUCACAGCAGUAGUGCUCGAGCAAUGUUGGACGAGUAUUAUGCAGGUGAUAUUGAUUCUUCAACCAUACCAACAAAUGUCAAGUACACUCCUCCAAAGCAGCCUCAUUACAACCAGGACAAAACAACAGAAUUCAUCGUCAAGCUCCUCCAAUUCUUGGUUCCUCUGAUUAUUCUAGGUGUUGCUUUUGGCGUUCACUUUUACACUAAACAGUCAGCUUGAAGAUUGAUUAUGGUGAUCUCAUAAUAAGAAUCCAAAUUAGCGCGACGUUAGAAGAGCAAAGAGGAAGGGAAGAAAGAGCUUUUACUUUGUUAACCAGGCAAAUUAUCUUGGUUAAGUUCUAUGAACAGUUAAGAUAUCUCUGGUUUCUGUGGUAGUGAGGAUGCCUUUGCUUUUCUUUGUUGCCAUUCAACUAGUCUCCUUUUUUAUUAUCCAAUUCUUGUGAACUUGGAUUCUUGGCUUUUGGUGUUUGCUUUUAUAAUCUUAUCACUUGAUAUACGUUGCCUUUUCCCAAAGUA